CGGGGAAUAAAUAACAGUUAGAGUCUAAGUGAGUGAUAGAGAGAGAACAAUAAUUAAUAUAAUGAGAAAGCCAUCUGAGAUGUCGCCGUCCGGCAAGAAUGGUUCAAACGUCGGCAACGGUAACUGUAGCAGCAGCAACGUCGGGAAGCUCCGGAAAGGGCUAUGGUCGCCGGAGGAGGACGAGAAGCUGAUGCAUUACAUGCUGAGUAACGGGCAAGGGUGCUGGAGCGAGGUGGCGAGGAAUGCCGGAUUGCAGCGCUGCGGUAAGAGUUGCCGGCUCCGGUGGAUCAACUAUCUCCGACCGGAUCUCAAAAGAGGCCCCUUUUCGCCGGCGGAAGAGGAGCUUAUUAUGCAUUUGCAUUCCCUCCUCGGCAACAGGUGGUCUUUAAUUGCAGCACGUCUACCCGGGCGUACAGAUAAUGAGAUCAAGAACUUUUGGAACUCAACACUGAAAAAGAGAACGAAAAACUCUUCAUCAUCUUCAUCCACCACAUCACCAAACACAAGCCACUCUACAUCUUUAGAGACAUGCAGGGACAUUAUCGUUGGAGCUCACGACCAUCAAACUAGCAAUAACAAUCACACUAUUGGGUCCUUAAUAUCUUCACCGAUGUACAUUCAUGACUCAUUCAUGUCAUCUCUAUUUUCUUCCUCCAUAUCCCUAAACACCACACUUGAUACAUUGCCAACCCACUUUUCAAAUCUGGAAACAUAUUGUGGGGAGGAUGUUAUGUUUGGUGGGAUCAAAGGAGCAUUACAUGGAUCUAUAGACAAUAUGGCAAUGGAUAGUAUGAUGAACAUGCAUAAUAUUAACCCCAAGGGUAACUAUGCAAUGGAGAGCAGCACCGACCACUCAAGUGACCAUUUUAUGAGUAAUGACACAAUCAAUAAGAUCAAAGUACAGAAUAAUGUGGGAGAAGGUUGUGAGAGCUAUUGGGAAGAUGCAAGAGAAUGGGACAUAGAAGAUUUGAUGAAGGAUAUCCCCAAUCCUACUCCAUUUCUUGAUUUUCCGGUUGAAUAGUUAGUUAAUAACACUUGCUCACAUUUCCAAUCCCCAAUCCCCAAUUCUAUACCCUCACACAUUUACACAAGACUGUGAUUUUAUCAAAUUGUUAUUGAUUUUUAGGCGUACAUCUAUCAAAGAGGUAUUAAUUCAAUAAUAAAAUUGUAAGGAGAGUAAUUCUUGUAAAUAUGUGUAAAGUAAUCAUGUAUAUUAUCUACUCUAUUACAGUGUUUGUAAUGAUCUUAAUCUAAAUCUAGCUAUUUGUGAUGAGAUGUGAAUAUAAUACAAGUAUAUAGUUA